AUGUCCAAGUCAGUAUUUAACAAGAAGACGGCGCAGAAGUUUGCCGUUGUCCAUAGGCCCCACGACGAUCCUAACUAUUACGAUGAUGAAGCAUCGCAACAUGUGCUGGUACCCGUCGGCGCGGCAACUAGCCAGCGCGCGAGUAAAAAGGGCCACAGAAAGGCACGGGACGUGAACGAGCGUGCUGGAGAAGCAAAACUGUAUGGUAUUGAGUUUGACGACUCACAGUAUGACUACACACAGCACCUGAAGCCCAUCGGAUUAGAUCCCGAGAACUCCGUAUUCAUUCCGUCGAAGAACGUGCGCGAGGGAGAUAACCGCCGCAAGAAGGCCGUCGACCUUUUCGUUGAGCCAGAGUACCGCGAUGACCGUCAAAAGCGGUCCGAGCCGCUCUUUUCCAGAGGUGUGGCUAAACCGGAAUACUUGGAGAAGAUGCAAGAUAUUCCAGACGAAAUUCGCGGCUUCCAGCCUGAUAUGAACCCCGCCUUGCGGGAGGUUCUUGAGGCUCUUGAAGACGAUGCGUACGUUGUCAACGAGGAUGUUGAAGUGAAAUCGGACCCCCCAGCAUCGGCGGUCGAGGACGAGGAGGACCUGUUCGCAGAACUGCUUGAGGGCGGAGAGGUCCCAGGCGGCAAAGACGCAGAGCUGGAUGAGUGGGACAUCGACGGCCUGGAUGACUUUGAAGAGCAGAACUAUCGGGACGAGAUGGCCCAGUUUGCCAAUGUUGACAAUCUCGAGACGCUACAAUCACUGGACGUGAGCGCAGACGUGCGGCGCUUCAAACAGCAGAUGGCCAGGGACAACGCCAACGACUGGGAUUCCGAUGAUGGCCUAUCUGAUCAGGGCUCUGCGGCAGAGGAACAGGACGACCUUGGCGAACUUCCGUCGUUCGGCACCCGUACUGGUGCCAAAAAGCGCAGGGAGCGCCAACGCAAGGGCGCCAAGUCUGACGUUUCCGGCUUCUCCAUGAGUUCCAGCGCGAUCGCUCGUACUGAAGUCAUGACGAUCCUGGACGACAAGUACGAUCAGGUCAUCGGCAGCUACGAAAACUACGAGGAAGAGCAGGACGAAGAGGAAUACCAGCCCUUCGACAUGAGUCGUGAACGCGCAGACCUUUCAGAUAUGCUGGAUGAUUUCCUAGAUAACUACGAGCUGGAGCGUGGUGGCAGGCGCCUCGCCAAAAAGGACAAAGAGAUAGACAACCUCAAGAAGGCUGCUGACGAGGUCAGCAAAGGGAAACUUUCUGCCAGAAGAAAUAAGGCUCGCAAGGAAAAGAACAGUCUCGAUAGCAUUACAUCAGGUGUCCAAAGCCUGAAGUUCUGA